CUGAUUUUUGUUGGCAAAAGAGACUCAGGCGAUUAUCACAACGAAAUGAAUAUUUUACAUUUCAUGGAGUGGUUUAGAGAGAAGCUGUUACCAAACUGUCCACCUCGAUCUGUGAUUGUGUUGGAUAAUGCCAAGUACCACAACGCAGUUGUUGAAAAAAUACCAACCAAGUCAAGCAGAAAACAGGAUAUGUUAGACUGGCUUGCAAAGCAUAAAAUUCGUCAUGAAAAGAAGAUGUUAAAAGCUGAACUAUAUUUCUUAAUUUGGGCAACCAAUCCUGUUUCUGUAUACCAAACAGACGUCUUUGCACAAGAAAAGGGACACUGCUGUUUGCGUCUCCCUGUUGGUCACUGUGAACUAAAUCCUAUAGAGCUCGCAUGGGCACAAGUCAAAGGUUAUGCAGCUAGAAAGAAUACAGGGAUCAGUGGUUUUACUAUGGAGAACAUCUUGCAACUUGCCAGAGAAGGAAUGCUGGAAGUCACACCAGAUCGAUGGGCUGGCUGUGUGGAACAUGUACGAGAAAAGGUGGAGAAACACUAUUGGGAAGUAGACGGACUGAGGGACGACCUAGUUGAGCGAAUGGUAAUAGAAGUAGGCCAUGGCGACACCUCGAGCUCUGAGUCUGAAGUAACUGUUAGCGAUACAGAAAGUGACUAACUGUUGACCUUUGGUAUUGUACAGGGUGUAGCAACAGCAGGUAGCUAAUUUAUAUGUCCAUUAGAGUAUCAACUUCAGUCUCAAUUACAG